AUGGCGGUUAUCAUGACUUUGAAAAAAUUUGCUCUCGCUCAAUCGAAAGUUCCCUUUUCACAGGCUCUCUCUGGAUUAUUUGCCCAUAUUGCGGGAAUAACGCCCAAUUUUUCUUCUUUCGAGGGCGUCAAUUCAUCUGCCAAAAUCUCUAGCUUUGAGAAUUAUGAUCUCGAUCAAUAUCAUUCGGAGGCGACUACUCUUGCUUAUCAAAUAUUUGUGUCCCUUAAGCGAUCGAUAAAGAAAGAUAAAGAUCAACACGAUCAAUCCAUAAGCUCAAAUACUGAGGAUGACAAUUAUGCACAAGAAGAGGAGGAAGAACAAGAACAAUACGAAGAAGGAGAUGCCUUUGACCCAAAUAAACAGGCCUCUCUUUUCUUGGUACAGGAAGACUUCAACUUUAUUUUCCCAAAUAGUAAUGAUGCCUCUGAAGCAUUCAAGCUACUCGAUCAAAAUGACAAUGGUGAUAUUUCUGUCCAGGAGCUCUCUGAACACAUCAUAUCAACCUUUAAGGAGAGGGGAACAAUUUUGAAAAGCCUUGCAGAAAACGAAUCCAUUAUCCGCCAGCUUGAUAUUUUGGCUUUGUCCUUGUUGGGUAUCGUUCUGUUUGCAUUAGUGCUGCAAAUAUUUGACCUGUCAACCAGCUGUAUUGCUGCAUUUGGCACCGUGUUCUUUGGUCUUUCCUUUGUUUUUGCGAAACUUGCUUCUAAUCUGCUGUAUUCGGUCGUAUUUGUGCUCCUCUCUCAUCCUUAUGAUGUUGGAGACCGCGUAUCAUUUGACGAAUAUGAAGGAAUCAUUGUUACCGAAAUCGGGCUUCUUUCCACCGUAUUUAUUACCAAUGACGGAAGAUGUUUAUAUAUCCAAAACAGCAUCCUCUUCGAUAAGCCAAUUUAUAACAUCCGAAGGAGUCUACCGCAAACGGAAACCAUUUCGUUCAAAUUUGGCAUGCAAAGUCCGCAAGAUUUGAUGGAUAAUCUUUAUACGUUGAAGGAAGCGCUGAUCAAUUUCUUUGAGAUCCUCUUUGAGUCUCGAUAUUGUGGUGGCCCAUCGCUCGAAUUUCCAAGAUAUGGAGCUAAAGCAGAAUCGAUCGGAGAAACUAAACGUGUUUUUGCUGAAGCAACUGAAAGCAUUAGGUCUAAUGGAUGA